AUGGACGUGAUAAUGAAUAAUAUGAAGGCUCUCCUCGACUCCAGCGAGGAAGCAAUCUUAUUGGCAAUGGGUAAUGUAGAAUCGAAUUCUGGAGAAGACAGUAACGAAAGCGACGAGCUGUUGGAUGAAUCGGACACUGAGAACACUGAACUUGUAAAUAAUGAAGAAAUUUGUGAUCUUUUUAAUCUAGAAAGUUUACGAAAAUUUGUAACAUCCAGCGAUAAAGUAGAAUUAUCCAUUAGCGAUGUUUUAUCAACAACGAUAGCAUGGCUUGAAGAUAGAGCAGAAAGGCGUGAGAAUUCUGUCACCAAAUUUCAAUUUAUCAAUUUUUUGGAAUCUCAUGGACUUACUGCAGAGAAAGGUGCUGAGGCUUUCGAUCAGCUCGAUAUUGAAGGUCAAGGUAUCAUAAAUAGUAAAGACUUUAUGGAGCUUUUCAAGCAGCGCUUUCGCUCACAAAAUGAUGAAUUAAAUGGAAGCAAUUACAUGUUUACAACGUGUCCGCUGACACCUGGUCGUGUUAAUGCUCUUACCAAUGAAGGAAAGAGAAAAGAUUUAUAUCGGUCAUUGAUGAAGUAUAUCAUAAAUAAUCAAAUUUCGGCUACCUCAGUUCCAUUUCCUCCCUUAAACUAUAUCAAUGAUUCCUUCGCAUUACGUGAUAAAGCUAUCGCAAAAAUUAUGGGUGAAAUGAGUUUAAAAGUUGCAAGUACUACCUACGAUGAUAGCGGGGAGAAACAAAUACGAACACUAUGUUUAAAAUGUCAUCAAAAAUUGGAGGUGUCAUCAAACAGUGAUACGUUGAAUAACCUCUUGGAUGGAAAUUUUCACACUUGUUGGCAAUCGGAUGGUAUUACAGGAACACAUUGGAUAAGGCUAAGUAUCAAACCGGAUGUUGAAUUAACAGAGCUCAGUAUCUAUGUUGUUCCAGUAGACCAAAGUUAUAUGCCCAAACAAGUUUCUGUUUCUGCUGGAUUUGAUGCUGACUCUGUUAAUAUCGUGUCUACAGUAACUAUUCCAAAUUCUCAUCAUGGCUAUUUCAAAGUCUAUGAAAGACAUAGUAACACUUCAUAUACAGUUUUUCAAAUAAACAUUCAACGUUGCCAUAGUGGAGGCUGUGAUACCCGAAUUCGUGGUAUCAAAACGAUUGGCUAUCGAUAUGCUAAACCGGCACCUGAGCUCAAUAUUGUAUCUAGCUCUAUUACUUGGUUGCUUUCUAUCGUUACUGAAACUGUUAAAGCGGCAUUACCUGUAUCUCCUAGCUUGAAGAAAGCUCUACUUAAUCAUGCAAACGAUAAUGAUCCAAAUACAAAGGCUGAAGUAUUAGAAUGUUUUCUGACGCUUUCAUUGGCUACUGCGGAUUUAGGAAGCAUUAUACGUGCAUUAAAUUUGUUAGUGGAUAAUUCAGAAACUAAAUUAAAGUGCCGAGAAUUACUGGUGUCAAUGUAUGCUGAAUAUUACAAGUUGCUUCGUAGCUCAAGAGAUGCCUUGGAUAUAUCUUUAUUUUAUUGUGAUGUCCAAGCGAAAGAUGAUCAAAAUUUAGCGGAUACUGUUCUGCAAGAUAGUGGAACUUUUUCUACUGCUACGGGAGAAAAGAAAGCGACACUGGUUUUUACUUGUAAAAAAGAAGCACAUGUACUGCAGCUAACUGCUCUUAAAUUUAAGACUGCCAAAGGGUCUACUUGUCCAAAGUAUUGCUUAGUGUUUGUAAUCAACGAUAAUAGGAAUGAUAGCUCUUUCUGUCUAAAGUCAUUACUCAAUGAUCUAAAAAAAUACGAUGAUAUGACAACGGAACAAUACGAGAAGAUGAUACAUGAUAGAAGAACGAAAUCGCCCUAUGAUAAAAGUAACCUAAAUCCGGUUGUUUGUAUGGAUUUUAUGUCCGAUAGAUAUGAAACAUUUGUCGAAAUGGAUGUCAUUAGAACUGGAAAGUAUUACAAACGAGUUUUAGUUGGUAAUUAUAAUUAUAAUGAGAAUUAUUUCUGUCAGUAUGUUGUAGUUAAACUUCUUGGAACACAAGGCGAUGAAGCUGAUCGAUUAAGCAUUAGAUCUAUAAAAUUUCUUGGAUUCUCAUACCCCAAGAUCCCGGAAUUUGAUUACAUUAAUGUGGAUGCCGUUGCACCAAUUCCUGACUCUGCUGCGGCUCCUAUCGAAGCAGACUCUGUUGUUCUUCGCGUAACUAAUUUAAUUUGUAGUUGCUUGUUAAAGCAGAGAAAUUUACGAAAACAAUCUACAGUAUCUAAAAAUAAGUUUUUUCAUGAUAAUAAUUCGCUAAAUUUGAGUACGAUAUGGAAGUUAUAUUCUUUUUAUACGAAAAGGAACGAUAAUAAAGGAAAACUAGCUAAGAUAUUGAUACUGCGAGUAUUAUAUUUAACCUUACCUCGGCUGAAAACAUCUGAGAGCUGGAAAGAAUUACAAAAUGAUUCAAAUGAAAGUAAUAAUGACAACUCUGCCAAUAAGGAUGCAACAGUGGCUAGCCGUCAGGAAAUGUUUUCUCAUCUUUGUAGCUUAGUUAAUGAUAAUUCUAUCAACAGUGAUCAUUCACUGGGACGAAGAUCGGAUCAUUCGGUAGCCGUAACCUUAAGAUCGCUCUGCCGUUAUUUUAUAUCUGGUCAUGCUAUGUUUCUUCUAAAAUUACCUGAGAAUGUAACAUCUGAAAGCGAUUUAUCACAUGCCCUAAAGAUUAUCCAGAAGGUGUUGGAAUUAUCCUUCCGAGAGUGUGAAUCAAUUAUGCGAGCAUACCACUAUCAUGAUGAAGAAUAUAAACCCACUGGUAUUACGCAACUACUUAAUGUAUUGCAAAGAUACCUGUUCUCUUGGUGUUAUAAUCAGCUACGAAAGCCAAUUACUGAUAUAAAAAUACGUCGUCAAAUUGAAGAUCUUAUUAAUAAAUAUACAACCGUUGUUGUUAAAAGAAUGAAUAUAUGUUUAGAAGUACUAUUGCAAGAUGCCGUCAACAAGGAGCAAGUCGUUCUAUGGACAAGACACACAUUUCUUUCAGUGACAUGCAGAGAAUUAAUGUUACUACUUCCUUUCAUAGUUAAGGAAGUCAAUACAAUCCAUAAGUUUGUCGUAGAUACAUUCCAACCAAUCACUGUAAAAUUGAUUAAAUUGGCAGCUGUCCUACCGAAGUUGUUUUUUACGCUGAACGAUCUUGCUUGGGAAUGUGUUGAGGACAAGGUGGAACUUCGUAUUUGGAAUGAAGAAUCAAACCACAACUACGAAAACAACUUGCAUGUUACAAAGACAUUUUAUUGUCCGGGUGCGCAUUCGUUUGUAGUUGAAUUUGAUGAAAGAUGCAGAACCGAGCGUAGUUUCGAUUACUUAGAAUUUGUCGAUAAGACUGGAAACACAAAACGGUUUGAUUAUAAAGUUGGAUUUGAAAAAUGGCCAACUAAAGCAACAUUUCAAGGGCACAACUUACGAUUUACUUUCAAUUCGGAUAGUUCUAAUACGGACUGGGGUUAUAAAUUUAAGGUAUCUGCUUUUGGUUAUAAGCUAGCUUCUUUGCCUUGGUUAUUCGAUUUGUUUUUAAGCCAUGGACGUUUAAUCGGAUUUCUAUGUAGAGAGCUCUAUAUCGGCUCAUCUCGACGAAAGUUAUUAACUAAAGAUACUACAUCAACAACCGAUGAGCCUACUUUAGAGGAUAAUAAAAUAUGGCAAACUAUAUUCCGUGGUGGAAUCGAAGUUGGUAAAACGCUUACGAGGAGUUUGUCAGGAUACCACUCGUCUGAAGGAAGCAAGUCAUCAUCCUCAUUUGAAUUCAUAUCGGAUUUAGCGAAAAACGAGGGUGACGCAGAGAAACUAUUAAAGCGAUGUCGAAAGAUCUUGGGGUAUCAAAGUAUUGGAGGAAAUUUAGUCAAUUGUACCGUGGAUGCUACAUUUGCAGCCUUGAUCUGGCACAAUCAGUAUUUACGUGAUGAUAUUUUAAAAAUAGUAAAUGCUGAUCAAUCUCCAGCCAUGAUACCACCAGGCAUUUUAUGUGCCAUGGCAGCGGCUGAAAAUUUUAGAAAGGAUCUUGUUAGCCGGAAACAGAGAAUAAUUGCUUCUCAGGAUACUUCAGACAUAAAUAAUAAUUCUGUUGGAGAUGAAUUGAACACCAGCACUAGUGAUGAUUAUGUUAUCUCUUGUUGGAACAAGGCCCAAUUCUUGCUUAAACUAUCAAGUCAGCCAUCCAAUAUAGCUACUCUAACUAAAAGUCACGGAAAUUUGACUGUGAAUGAGAAAAGACAAUUACAUCAGAAAUUAAGACUUCAUUUUGGAAUUAAAGUAGUUCCUGCAUCAUUAGAAAAAUUGACGUCUAAUGAGUUAGAUUACCUUCGGGAUAAUUUCAAAAUCAUUCUUGGAUUCAUUCGAAGUAGUAAAAUUAACGUUAACGAAGUGGAAGAAUCAUUUCAUGCUCGUACUUAUCGAGCUAAAAAUCUUAUACAUACAUUUAAUCAAGCGACGGAAUAUCUUAAAGCCUUAAUGAAAGAGGAUACAACUAGUCUUCCAGCUAUUGUAUUUUUAGAAUACUUAUUGCAAGAUCAAAAAGACUUUCCUUCUCACUUUCUAGAUGGUGUAGAAGGUUGCGGUUUAGAACUUGAGAAAGGAAUUCGAAGGACAUUUUAUUCUCUUGUCAGAUACUUGAUUAGAUAUGUACAAAAAUUAUUAUCCAAGAAUGAAAGAAAAAGUGGAUACGAAAUUAUUCUAUUUUUAUUUACGCGAUUAAUGCUUAUCCAGUGGAAGAUGGAAGAUUUUAAGUUUCUUCAGGAAAUUAACGCUGCAGAGACAUUAUUUAGGAUCACAAUAGAUACGGCAUUUGUUCCUGCCUUAGUUGGAACAAGGGAAAAUCCAAACGAAUUAGAUACAUAUCGUCAGCACAGAAGCUAUGCUAAGGAAGCAGUUAAAGACUUCGAUAAUUGGUUCAGUGAAUUUUCUGAACUUUCGGACGCAAAUAAGGAAGUACAUAUGUUUAUUGCACAAAAUAGUGACGUAAUGGACGUUAAAAUUUCAUGCGACGGUUGCGAAAGAAUAGUAUCUGCUAAAUUUCAGAAGAAAAGAACGCUAGAGCCAUUAAGGACCUACUUACAUAAUUACAGCUGGAAUCUCUUCACCGGAUUGGCAAUAUAUGCUGCAAAUUCUAAGUUGAAAAUAUCUGAAGUUACUGCAUAUAGGGAAGCUUCUGACCAAAUCGCUAAUCGCUGUCUUGAGCUAAUCAUUGGCGGUUUAGAAAACUCUUCUUCUACUUUUGUGCAUAUUAUUACAGAUACCUUGGCACAUCCUAAGAGUGAUAAAGAAUCUCUGUCGAUUACGGUUCCUUUAGACAUUAGCGAUUCCACAACCGAAAGUGUAGCCUUCAAGCAGUAUCCGUCUAAUUCUGCUGAAAAUAAUGAAAAAGGCCUCGAAGCCAAAAAUUACUUUGAAAAUUCUUCUGCACAUGAGCACGGGAACACUCAUCAUAAAGGGCAGUUUACUUUUGCUCAAAAAGUUAAAUAUUUCAGCUCUUGCUGUCAGGAUCGUGUAUUAGGAUUAAUAUCAACUAUGCUCAUUACUGAGAGAAGAGAUGAUGAUGACUUAAUAAAGGAAGCUAGUCAGAUUUCAGAAUUCCUCUUACCGGCUCUAUUAGCAAUGAUAGGGGAUAAUCUUUUCAGUAAAGAAGUGAGUUCGUUGUGCUACGGUGUCUUAAUGCAUUAUAUGAAAUGGACAAACCCUCAGGUUGCUGAUAAAGCGGUCUCGACAGUACUUAUGAAGUCAAGCAAGCCAAAGACAGAGCAAAGACAUAUUCUACAACAAACAGUGACUGCCGAUGCAACCUUAGAUUUCCUAUUCUCAAUGAUAAAGAAAUCACUAAACAGGUGUGAUUUCACUAGUAUUUAUGGCGUGGCUUCUGUCUUACUGAGCUUAAAGAAUUCAUCUCUGUGGUCAUCUGUUUUAUUUAAUUACAUUAUACGAUGUUUAACAGAGAUUUCUGAUUCUCAAUCAACCAUUGCCGCUUUGAUAUCUUUAGCUGGUUUCCCAAAGAUUCCAUUUCCCGGCUCAAUUUGUACUCAAAGCGAUACUUUGGUUGGUUCUAAGCCGGUAGUUAUACUUUAUAAAUAUUUUGAGCGAUCCGAGUGUCUAACAUGUGAUUUACGAUCGCACAUUCGAAGAAUAGUACCCGCUAGUAGUUUAAAAAUUAAAGGAGAUCUUAAUAAUUGCCAUGCAACGCAAAUGAUGUAUAAUUCUGUUUUGCGAUCCAUAGUGACUUGUUACAAAAAUAAAUGUCAAGAUUCCGAAAGAUCAUUUGAAAGCGAAUUAAUAUUAUUAUAUAUUUUAAAGAAUGUGUAUCAAUGUCUCAAUGUCCCUGAUAGUGAAACUUUUGAUCUGAUUAUCGAUAACGUGAUUGGCUGCAUUUUUCAAUUAAGUUGUGAGGCUGUAUCUAUCGAUAAGAAUUGGAUUGUAGAAGACUUAGAGCUAUUAGCCAUUUAUGCACGUAAAACAUCUAUGACAGCUACUGCCGGAACCGAUAGUAAGGAAGUGAAUGAAGAAGAAGUAUUUAGCGGUGACGAUAGCGCUAGCGUUAGUAGUAGUAGCAGUCAUUCCGAUGAUAGUUCAUUCGAUGAUGCUAAGCCGGAUCAAGAUCCUAAAGAUAGUAAAGUAAUAGAUCCACUGGAAGGAUUACCACCUGAAGCUAGAGAUGGCAUUCAGACCAUCCAUGAAGCUUUAAAUGCUCCUGUUGCGUUUCUACGUGCCAUGUUUGAAUCGUUAGGAUCGAAUUUGACUCAAUUUAUUGAUGAAGUACAACGGAGAUAUACGAAUGAUGGAAUGGAAUUUACUGAUGAGAUCAAACAGUUAGCAAAGCAAUGGAUGCCUAAUGAAACCAGCAAUAGUAAAGCUCUCUUAUCUGAUGAUGGGGCCACAAAUUGGAUUACUAGUAGAACAUCUAGCAUUCUUGAGCCUGAUGACGGAAUCACUUUUACCCCGGAACGGUCAGAUUUGUCACCAAAUUUAAUUGCCGAAUAUACCGAUAAGGAAAUGAAGCGGGUAGGAAAGAGUCGAUUUAAUGUCGAUAAGAUGAUUCUUGAUCACAAUUGUGCGGAAUCUUCAGAGCUGUUAUCAAAAGAAUUGAAGCGUUUAGCAAGUUAUAAUGAUAGUCGCGCUAUUGAGAUUGCUCAUGCAGCAUCGGUGCUAUAUGCAAGAAAAAUUGUCAGUUUUGUUUUUGCAAACUGGCCCAGAAAUCGAUCAAUUAGUGAGAAUCUUUUAGGACCAUCAUUUGGUGUUGAUUUGACGCAAUUUUUUUGCCUACUUUUUCAAGCUGAUGAUUCUCAAACGUUUGAAAUGGAUAGCUUUAAAAUUGAAAAUUCCAACUGGUUAAUGGUAUUUUUUGACUCUCAAUGUAUAACAGAAAGAGAUUGUGAUAUCUUAACAUUGGCUACAUCGAGCAGUUUUCAAGAAAAUAGACACGACUUUUCAGGGGCAGGUCCAUGGGAUAAAAUAAUUUUGCCGGGUGAUACGGUCCAUUUCAAGUUUACAUGUCAAUGUAGCGGUGGUGAUUGGGGUUGGAAAUUUACUGUUGUUGGAGGAGAAUUAGACAAAUUUGAUGUCGGCUAUAAGUUGUUAUGCAUUUUACUGUCACAAACAACAUCGAAGUUGAAGCAGUUACCGUUGAAUGGAUUAUGGAUGAAUCUUAUUAAAGCUGCCGCUAUUCAUACAUCCUAUUGGAGAUUAAUGGCGGUUAAAUUAUUACUAAAGUUAUUAGAAUUAGUUUCGAGUAUUAAAGAAUCAGAAGAAGAUUCCAUUUCUGUUACUGAAAUAAAGAAGCAAAUUGAUCUAACACAAUUAAAACGGUUAUGGUUUCUAUACUGCCAUACACUGGAUGACCGCAGCGAUUGCUCAUUCUGCCCUUUAGCUCGCGCUUUAACUGAUUUAUUUUUACUAACGGAAGAUCUUGCAGCUAAAUGGCGGGUAACUGAUGAUAUUAUGGCGACUUUUAUAAUACAACCUAGAAUAGGAAAAUUACUCUUGCAGGGUGCUAGUCGCGUUGUAGGAUUAAGUAAAAUGAUCGAUGAAGAGUGUAGUAAGGGUAUUACUAAUGUGAAGUUAAUGGGCAUGUUUUUGGCAGAAUAA